AUGACUGCAACACCAGUGCCGAAUAGCACCAUCAUCCUGCCGCCGCCGGCCAUCAAGGCGAUUGUUGACAAGACGGCCGCCUUCAUCGCCAAGUCGGCGAACGCCUCGCUCCUCGAGGACAAGUUCAGGCAGCGCGAGAAGACGGACUCGCGCUUCGCAUUCCUGAACGACACGGACCCGUACCACGCAUACUAUGCGGACCGGUUGGCGGCGUUCAAGGCGGGCGAGCAGCCUGAGCAGAAGGAGGAGGAGAAGGCGGACGGCGUGGGCGCGCAGGCCAAGGACGAAUCGGAUGGACGGCCAGCAGAGCCUCCUGCGCUGGAGUUCUUGGUGGAGGACCCGCCCAAGAUCAACGCGGUCGACUUGGACAUCCUCCGCCUCACUGCGCUCUUCACGGCACGAUCUGGUCGCAAGUUUACCUCCGACCUCGCCGCCCGUGAAGCCCGCAACUACCAGUUCGACUUCCUUCGCCCCACUCACUCCCUCUUCGGCUACUUCAACCGCCUCGUCGAGCAGUACACGAAGAUCCUCGUCCCCUCGAAGGAGCUCAUCAGCCGAGUCGAGCGACGAGCCGGCGGACCUCCCGACUCUAGCGCCGACCGCCUCUCCGUUGGCCGUCGCGAGGUGCUCAAGGACGCUCGGCAGCGCGUUGAGUGGGAGAAGUGGGAGUCUGAGCGGCGGAAGGAAGAGGAGGACAAGGCGGAGGCUGAGCGCAUCGCUUUCGCCGAAAUCGACUGGCAGGACUUCCAGGUCGCUUCGACGAUUGAAUUCACCGAGAACGACGAGGCGGGCAUCGCGGAGCUCCCGCCGCCUAUGAGCUUGUCCGAGGUCGAAAACAUGUCGAUCGCUCAGAAGAAGAUGGCCGCCAUGAUCAUGGAGGGUCAGCAGCCGGCUGACCAGGGUGAGGGCGAGGCGGAGGAGGCAGAGAUGGAGAUGGAUGACGAGGACGAGGAGGCGGCACAGACGCCGGAGGUCGAAUACAAGCGCGAGGAUGUCAUCGAGGUCCAGACGCUCGACUCGAAUUUGCCUGUCAAGAUCCGCAAGGACUACGUUCGCAGCAAGAAGUCGAAGGCGGGCCAAGCGAUGACGACCUUCCAAGGCCAGCAGGUUCCCGUCGAGGAGCUCAGCAAGCACAUUCGCUACGAGACGCUCGACCCGCGGUGGAAGGAGGAGAAGCGACAGGCCGACCUCAACCGCGCCGCGUCGGCCGUCAUGCCCGGCGGCACCGACGUCUCUGCCUCGCUGCGCUCGAUCGCCGCGCACCGUCCCGACAUCUUUGGCGGCAACAUUGGUGACGCAGAGAGGCAGCGACAGGCAGAGCAGAUGGCCAAGUCGAGGGCGCGCGAGAAGCAGGUUUGGGACGGUCACGCCGCGUCGAAGGAGUCGAUCACGCUCCGCUACCAGCAGACGGCGAACCUCGACGAGCAGAUUGCUGCGCUGCACAAGGCCAAGGGUGUCUUGGCGACGGAGGAGUCGAACAUCGGCCCCUCAAUCCCGACCAACGCAGCGCAGUCGGCGCCCGUCGAACAGACCACCCUCACGAGCGGCGCGUCGAUCUCUGCGGCUCCCCAGCCGGCGCAGAUCACGGUCGAGCGGACGACAUCGCAGAACUUCCUCUCGACCGGCAUCCCCUCGGGCUUUGCCUCUCCCGCCGGCGCCUCUCCCGCUCCUGGCACGCCCAACCCCGCCCAGCCUCCCACCCCUCUCCCCGCCGGCCUGCCCGCUCGUCCGCCCGUCGCAGUCCCAGGCGACGCCGUUCCCGGCUCGAGUGCCGCGUCACACUCUGCUCCCGCUGCCGAGCCUGCAACAGGCACGACCCGACCCCUCCCCUCCUCCUUCGACGCCUCCGAGCCGUCCGCCAAACGCGCCCGGCGAACAGACGGCCACAUCUACCCUGAAGAAGACUGGCUCGCGACGCACCCUGACCCCGUACGCAUCAAGGUGCAGUUGCCUGAUUAUCCCGAGAAACCUGCGUGGGGAUGUAAGGGACAGCAGGUCGAGUUGGAGGUACCGUUGACGUUGUUGAUCGGUACCGUGCGAGACCGGAUCUCGGGACUGGUCGGCGUCCCCGUCGGCAAACAACGCUACAUGUACAACGACCGCCUCCUCGCGAACGCGACGACCCUCGCUGCGCUCAACCUCGACAACGGCGACGUCCUUACCCUCCAGCUCAAGGAUAAGAAGUAG